AAGAAAAGAACGUAGAAACUUCUGAAGGGGAAAACUCGCUGAGGAGGGCUGAAAAAUAUGAAAGGAUGCAAAUUAGGAUGAAUGCUUUGAGAAAAUGAGACUAACACAGAAAGUUUUCCAAACCUGUUGUUACUAAUGUUUUAUGAUGAAACAGGCCUGUUUCAAGUCUGUCUUUCGAUGCUUUUGUUUCGGCUUGUUAUUUUUUCAACUGAAAAUAAACAGACGCGUCGAGAAUCGAAGUGAAAAACAUCAAUAAUAACCCAAAUUAGGAAAUUAUCCGAUCUUAUCCAUUAAUCGGUAAAUGCCACAUUGUGUUUUGACUUUGGUGAAAAAAAAAUACGCGUAAAGAAGAAACACCAAGGUUGAGAUAGAUUUAUAACUCACACAUUCGUUGGUAAUUACUUUGUGUAUUGCAAUGAGUUUCAGAGGCCGCCAGCUUACAGACUCUGAACGAGUUAGAGUGUUUGAAUUCCAGGACUCAAUACAUUAUUCUCCAAGGUACUCUGAUGAUGAAUAUGAAUACCGUCAUGUCAUGCUUCCAAAAGCUAUGCUAAAAGUUAUUCCAAGUGAUUAUUUCAACUCAGAAACUGGUACAUUGCGAAUUUUAACUGAAGAUGAAUGGCGUGGUUUAGGUAUAACACAAUCAUUAGGUUGGGAACAUUAUGAAAUUCAUGCUCCAGAACCACAUAUCCUUCUUUUCAAACGUCCUGUUAAUUUUGGGCAAUAGAUCUUAACAACAAGUAUCUCAGCUCCAAAUCACUGAAUAUGUCCUUUAUCAACUCAAGAAACAGUCAAAUACCUAUGGUAUACCCUUAUUUCUCUCACAAAUUCUAAAGCACUUUAAAAGUUGGAUCAUCAUCUUUCCCCAAUCACAAAUACUCCACAAAUCACAGCAUAAUUUUCCCAGUUUUGAAUAAUCCAAUUUGUUGAUCAAGUAGAUUAAAGUAAAAAUGGAGCCUAUUUACAAAGAAAACGAACUAAUACGAACAA